AUGCCUUUCCUUCAAGACUUUGCCGGAUGCCUAGGCAGGACAGACCAAGUUGAUGUGCCAGAUUCUUACCAGUACUUAUCAGAGAUAUGCGACGCGUCCAAAGUACCAGUCAAGAUAAGUCGAGAGAGUUUCUUCGAAGCCGCAGGUGUUGUAGAUCCAGACGCAGGCCUGGACACGGAACCCAAGCCGGAUGGCAUUUCGACAGGCGCCCAGGCUGGCAUUGCCAUUGGCAUAAUAGUCGCCGUCGCCGCGGCCCUCGGUGGCCUGAUUUGUUUCUUCUGCCGUUACAAGGGACGAAAAAUAAAAACGGCUGUCGAGGUCAAGUCCUGCAGCUUUCAGGAACUAUCUUCCUCAACUACUACCCUGCCGCGCACGUUGCCGACACCGGCCGAGCUGUCAUCGCCGCCUCUGUCGACACUGCCUCAACCUUUGCCAGCGGAGCUUUCAGCAUUGGCUCCUCCGCCGCCCGAAUACACUCCCAGUUCGGCCAGUGUUGACGAUUCUCUGCAGACACAGUCCCAGACAGUCCCGCCGCAAACGCCCUUGGCUUGGACGUAUUUGGAAUCUGCAAUGGGACCCCAAACGAUGGCCGGCCAUGGCUCGCCGUUGGACGAGAAAACGACACCACCAGGCACUCAGGAUAGAACUCCGUCGUACGAACUGGAAGAUACUAGUCCUACAACGCCCGAGCCAGCGGUGCAAAGUGAGAAGAGAAUGGAGAAAGUGUAA